AUGUAUCUAAAAUCAACUCAUUCUCCUUUAAAUGAUGGAGGUCACCAAUGGGAAAUAACAUUAUUCUGCAAUAAUGAAGCUCAUAGUAUAGGACAUGUAGACAUUAUGCCAAAAUCCAAAGCAUCAAAAGUAAUACCAAACGAAGCUAAACCGCCUACAGCUUAUACUAUGGUUUACACUACAAAUUCCAAAUAUGAUAAUCCUCCCGAAAAAUUUUCAGCGACGAUAACGUUCUCAAAAACAAAUGAAAAAAAAACAGUCACUUGA